AUGGAACUGAGGGUAAGCGUGGACGGUGUGGAACGAAGUGUUUCUGGAAUAACGGAGAGCACAACAUGCGCCCAGAUCAUCUACGCCCUCGCACAUGCGACCGGCCAGAAGGGUCGUUUUGUGCUGAUUGAGAAAUUCCGAAAUACAGAGCGUAGUUUGGCGCCGCUGGAUCGACCGUUAGAAAUGCUACGAAAAUGGGGGACGUAUUCGUGCCACGUUACGUUUAUGCUAAAACAUUUGGACGAUGGUAUUUUGCCAGAAACUAGCGAUGCAGCCAAUGCUGUUAAUGGGGUGUGGUAUUAUCAGUGCUUUCCAGUCUAUCGUUCUUCGUUUUGCUGCUUUCUACUGUUGUCUUUCUCGAAAGGAAGCGUUAAAUUUAUCACAUUCCGAGGAUGCAUUUUUGAUUGA